AUGGGGAAGGUUGCUCUGCGUUUUGGGCUGCGUUCUGGAGUGAUUGGUCCCAGGGUGCUGACACCCAGGGUGUUUGCAUCGAGGGCGUUCAGAACUGCGCUCAUCUGCGCCAAGAAUGGUCCAGACAAACCUGCUGUUACGAGCCGUAGUAAUACGCCGGCUGCUGCUGACAAGAAGGGUUCCGUAGGGCCAUCCUCGGCGAAACUGGCCAUGGACAAACCACAGUUGAUGAUUGCGUUUACUUGCAAGAAGUGUGACACGCGGUCCUCGCACACGAUCUCGAAGCAGGCUUACACGGGCGGGACAGUGCUCAUCCAGUGCCCCGGGUGCCAGAACAGACACCUCAUCGCGGACCACCUCAAGAUAUUCGCAGACUCGAGUGUCACGAUAGAGGAUAUCAUGCGGGCCCGUGGGGAGACCGUCGCGCAGACCACGGAGGACCUCGUCCUCGAGGACAUCCCAGAACAGCUCAAGGGGACGCUGUCCAAGUACGCGAGGGACAACAAGGGACCAGACACGGACUCGCACUGA